GCUCUCCUUCCAAUUUUCGUAAUGUUGCUAGAGGAAAAUAGAGCUUCAGCCGCACGUCUCCAUUGCGUUCGGUUCUCUGCCGACGUUUUCAACUGGCUCCACGUUUGCCCACAUGUUUUCAUCUCCUCUUGACAUGACCUCCUCGAUGUCACUGUCGCACUGACGACCAACUCGUCGCUUCCCGUUUGGGUUCCACGCGAGCGAUGGCCUUUCUUGCGAUGUCACUUGUUGGUUUCCUCAGAGUAUGGCCAAUCCACCUCCAUUUCCUCCUGCUUGUUUGUUGCACAAUCAGUUCCUGGUUGGUUCGCUCCCAGAGAUCCCUGUUGCUGAUCUUUUCUGGCCGACCAUCUGAUCUCGAGUAUUGAGCGAAGGUAGCUGUUGAUGAAGGUCUGUAGUUUGAAGUGGCCUUCGUGACUCGGUGCGGCGAGGUGCCAAGUCUUUGAUCCGUAUAUCAUAGCACUGACUUCACAUUGGAGUUCAAAAUCCGGAUCUUAUUUUCAUUUUCAUGCUGUUUGCUGUUGACCUCCAUACAGACUUGAGAGAAAUGAAAGCUUGUCUUGCUUUCCCGAUCCUUGCUUUGAUAUCCUCGUCAGUUCCGCCUGUAUUUGAAACGAUGCUUCCCAGAGUUCAUUCAUUACUUCACUGGAUCAGAUAUUAUUUCUUCUAAGUCAUCUUCACAAUCCUCCUCGUCCUCCUUCUCCUCCUCCGCUGAACAACAACUGUCAUCAUCUCCUACUACUAUGUCAAUCAUAGACUGGUAUCCUUCUCAUGGACCUGGUGCGUCUCCACUUCCUUCUGCUUUACAUUUUCCUGUCAAACAAAACCAAAUAAAUUCAACAGUGUCACAGGUGGUUGUAUUUGAUACUAUUCAUCGCUGUACUAGUCAGCUGGAUUCAACCAUUCUGGACAAUAAUCAUCAAGAUGUCAAGAAAAAAUCUUUUUGUCGUUUCGAAUCCCAACAGGCAACUAAAUUAUCAUGGGCUAAACUAAAGAGUACAGUUCCUUUAAUUUAUCAAUUAGUUGAUCGAAUGCAUUUUUCUCAGUCAGAGUAUGAAGAUUUAUUAAAGUCUGCGAACAGCUUAGAUCCUAAUUCCGGUGUUGAUAUACAAACUCACUAUCGAAAUGUUGCUUGCAAAUGGAUUCGUUUAUCUCCAACACGUUGGUCUUCAUGGACUGAAGGAUGGAAUAAAAAACAAAAUCUUACUAUCGCUGGACUUUUCUCUUUCUACGGCAAAUGGGUUGUUUCCAAUUUGGAUCAUGUCGCUCAACAAGCCAUCAGUUUUGUGAAUACUAAUCCAGAUUACUUUAGCAAUACUGAAUAUGCGUUAACACUGGAUGUGCAUAACUUGACCUGUUCUCAAGACGUUGUAUUAAAUGAUUAUUUCGAUUUAGUAACAAAAUCAAAAGAUCAGAAAAUCAUUGGAGUUAUUGCUGCUCUUUGCUCUGAUUCAAUAGAGCCUGUUGUUGAAGUGGCUAAUAUGCGUCGUCAGGUUGUUGUCAGUCCAACGGUUGAGUCAGUUCGAUUCGCUAGACGUCGUCAAUAUCCAUAUUUCUUUCGAACUGUUCCUUCAAUGACACAUGUAAGCUUAAUCUUGAUCCGAUUAUUUAACUAUUGGGGUUGGCGUCGUGUUGCUGUCUUUCGAGAAGAUGAUCACUUUUUUGAUCCGUUAGUGUUUCAAUCCAAUGGUAUUGAACUGAUCGCUGAUUUUGUAAUGAAAGAGAAUCAACUGACCUAUAUCACUGUAUACCAGGGUUUAAAACUCAUGAAUGAUCGUCGAAGUCGUAUAUUUAUGAUCGAAUAUUUCGCUAAAGGUACUGCUCUCAUCCUAUGUGCUGCAUAUCACUUAGGAAUGCAUUUCGAUUCAGGCUAUGUGUGGUUUUUAAAUCCAUGGCUUUCUGGGAAUUGGUGGCAAUCAGUUGAUGUACAUCCGCCAGAGUGUACACGUGAUGAAAUGCUUAAUAUCACUGGUUGGACAUUUACUAUUGGUCAUCAAUUAAUUACGGAGCCAUUAAUGCAUAAACAAAAUACACAACGACAAAUUCAUCGACGUUCUUCUUCCUCGUCAAGGGAACAUAUUCAAAAAUUUAAACAUCCAUUAUACAAUGGAGGACAUUAUGAUGUUGAUGCUGAUCAUAACGAUGACGAUGAUCACGAUUAUCAUUCAGCGUCAAAUUCUGCGGAAUCACAACGUUCAGUAUUUAGUACAAAAAGUGAAAAUAUUGAUUAUAUUGAUUCGUCGCAUGAUUAUGCAAUACAUACCUAUGAAUCAGUGAUUGUAUUAGCUACAGCCCUUGUACAUUUAUUACAUCAAAAUCCAAGUUGUAUCUCCGUGUUUGAUACAUCCACAUCAAUAGCUGAAACAUAUAAAGAAUUAAUUGCUGAAACAGAUUUUCAUUAUACUAUUUCAUCAAAAUUUAUCAUCUUGGAUAAUUCAACAUCCUCGUCAUCAUCAUCAUCCUCAGCAACAUAUACGCAACCGAUGAUUUCACUAGACACAGAUUUUCGUUAUGUUCACAAGAAAAAGGAUAAUAAUAAUAAUAACAAUAAUAAUAAUAAUAAUGGUAUCAAAUCAGCUCAGUUAAGAUUUAAUCCGUUUAAUGAACGUAUUGCCGAUUAUUGGUUAUUAAGACAAUAUCAAGUCAAUCAAAGUAUACCUAUUGUAUUAUGGAGUCUACAGGCAGACUUAUUAAACAAUGGUGAGGCUGAAACUGAACCUAACGGUGAUGGUGAUGUUGAUGCUGCAUUCAUGAGAUCUUUACUCCUGGAUACAUCCGAUUUAUCUGCAUUUGUAACUUCUGAACAUUUUAGUCAGUUGAUGGGUGAACGUUGGUUAAAUGAUGUCAGUUGGAGUAGUAGGAAUGGUGGUAAUAAUGGACGACCUCCACAUGAUGGAUCAGAAAAUCAAGAUGAUUGUACAUUUGGAGCGAUUAGUCGACUAUUCGGUGUGAAUUGUACAGGUUCUACAGUGAUUGUAACAAUAACAAUAGUUAUUACUUUUGUUAUAUUAUGCUUUAUUCUGUUUGUCGUGUAUUAUCGACGUAAAUUAAAGCAAACACAACUACGAAUUCGUCAACCGUAUGAAAAUUUGUGUAAUGAAUUAAAGGAUAUUGAUAUUCCGUCCACUGACAUCGUUUUAAAUCGUCGUGUUGGUCAAGGUGCAUUCGGUAUGGUAUAUGGUGGUGAAGCAAAGCGUAAUGGUCGUUGGGAAGCUGUCGCUGUGAAAGUUAUUGGGAAUAAAGCGACGUACGAAGGGAAAACAGAUUUCCUGUCAGAGGCUAAAUUAAUGCGAAGUUUAGAUCAUCGAAAUAUUGUCCAUUUAAUUGGUAUUUGUUUAUAUCCAAAAGAAAAUCAUUUGUAUUUAAUUAUGGAGUUUAUGCUAAAUGGUGAUCUGAAGACGUAUUUAUUAUCACGUCGUGUUCUAGCUCAACAAAUGCCAGAGCAUGAAGGGAUUUGUCCAGCUACACUGACAGGUAUGGCAAUUGAUAUUGCAGAGGGUUUAGCAUAUUUGCAUCGGAAAAAUCUUAUCCAUCGGGAUAUCGCCUGUCGGAAUUGUCUUGUCGGUUCAGACGGUGUUGUAAAAAUUGGCGAUUUUGGUUUAACACGUGAAAUGAACAGCAAUGAAAGCGAGGGUUAUUAUCGUUUCACACGAAAUUGUGAACUGCCUAUCCGUUGGAUGUCACCUGAAGCUGUUCAAUUCGGUGUAUUCAGUAUUCUAUCUGAUAUUUGGUCCUAUGGGAUUGUUUUAUACGAGAUAAUCACUUUCGGUGUAUUUCCUUAUGAUGGGUUAGGCGAUGUUGAAGUUGUCGAGCGUGUAAAACGCAAAGACUUUAGUAUUAUUGAAUUUUUGCCAGUAGCAGCAAGAGACACUAUUAUAUCUCGGUUAAUCUAUCAGUGUUGUCAACAUCAAUGGCAACAUCGUCCUGCUUCAUUAGACCAUAUUAUAGCAAUCCUGCGAAAAAAUCCUGAAUGUGUACGUCCUUUUCUUACAGAUGAACCGCCUAAACCGAAUAGCACCAUCGAUGCCCUUCGUUUCCAACCAGGUGCUGGUGCUUGUAUCAUGUCAAAAAAUACUCUUGCUUCCGGUGAUCCAUCUCCGAGUAAUCCGGUAACAAGUAAUCCUACUUCGGAUAGCACUCAUGGUUAUCCUUUCAUUACUGGUAUACGUGGUGUCCUUAGCGCAACUGGUAGUUUAGGUGGUGGUGGUGGUGGUAUUGGAAAGUCUCUCUUGGAUCAUCAUCAUCAUCGAUCAACUGAUUCCUUUUCAGAAAAUAUCAGUACUUCUGCAUUCCUUUCAUUUCUCUCGGAUCCUCCAUUGCAAAAUUUUGGUCGACGCAGCCACCACCGCCGCCGCCGACACAAGACUGCUGAUGAUGGUUGUUCAACAAGAAUUAGUCGCUACCAUGAUAUACGCCGAGGUACUAGUUGUUCUACUUCGUCUUCUUCUUCUGCUUCUUAUGGUCAUGUUUUCCGUAGCUCUGAGCAACAAAGUUUCGGUGAUCACCGUUCUACUACUAUCGAAGAUCAACCUCUCCAUCCUACAGGUGGGGUCAGUGGCGCUGGCGGUGGUGGUGGUCGUGGUGAUUCAGUUUCUUUCCCAAUGUGGCAAAAAUUAGAUCCUAUCAAUUAUCAAAAAGUGAAGACUGCAGAAGAAAAAGAAAAGUCUAGUCGGCUUCGAAAUCUGUUCUUCAACAAACAAACCAGUCUAGAACAUGGUGAUGAUGACGCUGGCGAUAAUGAUGAUGAGCAUGUAGAAUUGAUUGUGUCAAAGAAAACAUCCACCGAGUAUUCUCCUCCCACUCAUGCUGUACUAAAUGAUUCUUACACAACAGUUGGACAGUUAACCGGAGAUCUGCUGAAAAAUAAGUCUCAUGUUGAAAAUAAACAUGAAGACAAGAAUUUACCACUUGGAUCAAGGUCACUAUCUGCAGAGCAUAUGCUUUUAGUGGAUUAUAUACAAAAAAAUGAAAAACCUGUACACGCAAAAAGUGCUCCGGAUAAUGCCUCCUCCUCCUCUGCUUGCACAGCGUAUGUUUCACAAUCCACAUCAAAGUCUGCAUGCAUUCUUUCAGAUACUGAUAAACAAUUCACCUCUGCGCAUAAUAACAAUUGUCAAUCUUAUCAAGAUACUUUACCAAACGGACUUAGAGUUGACACUCUUCGUGAAAAUGAUUACUCCAACACCGGCUGUAAAACUGCAUCGCAUUUCCACACUCAUCACAAUACACCCAGCAUAUUUCGUUCUGUAUUAUUGAUGUUUUCACGUUCUCGUCGUAAAAAUAACUCCUAUCCACCUGAUAAUCUAAGGAUUACUAAGUCUUCAGUCGUCUGUCAACCUACUGCAUCAUACAGUAUUCAGCAUGCUUGUGUUGCAUCACAUUUGUUUUCCACAUCAUGUCCAUCGAUAUUUACAUCGCCAUACUUUCCUGUUUUCAAUUGUAAUGCUUCAGAUAAUACUAAUAAGUGCUCUAUUCCUUCUGUAUCUUAUGUCACCACCUCAUCAUCAACUUCAGGACGUCAUCAUCAACAACAACACCAACUCCAUCAUCGUUACCCUGUAAAGAAUGAAGCCAAUCGAAAGAAAACAAGUGACUGUCAUGCUCCUAGUUUUGUAAAUCCAGUAUCGGAUACAAAGACGACUAUUGACUGUGAAUCGUUUAAUUCAGAACAACCUGUUAGCAGUCAUCAUCAUUUAUCUUGUAUACCGCCGACUGUAACUUCAGAUGAAUCUGUUAGAAAGUCGAAUCACUCUUAUUUCGUUUAAUCCUUCCUUCUCCCUCUCUCCUUGUCUGUGCCUCCCGGUUUCAAUAAACUUUCUUUUAUCGUAUGUAUAUUUGUAUCCUACCUCAAAUAUUAUAUACUAUUAUUAUUGUAAUGUUUAGUGGAACUGGAAUCCACUGAUGAUAGGCAACUAGACAUGAAGUGUAUGUCGGGGGUUGGGGUGCAGUGCGGGGUGGUGGUUGCUAACUAAAUUAUUAUCUUAUGUUCACCAAACGCUUCACAAUAAUUAUAAUAAAGCAUAAAACUCUGCGCUGAUUCUUUUUUUUAUUAUUAUUAUUAAUAAGUCUGCUUACUGUGUUAUGUCACUUUUAUGCUAUGGUGAAUGUUUGUCAAAAAUUUGUGUGUGUGUGUGUAAUGUAUUUGCGUUGUAUGUGUGUGAUGUAUAAGAAUCCGUUUCCCACUAUACCAUAUAUUUAUUAUGACUAAUCUUUAAUCGUUUGUUUGAUGAUACUUUUUUAUGCUGUUUCUCAUGUAAAGCACGUCUUAAUUGUUGUAUUGUUGCUACUGUUGCGUUUUCAUUCAUUCACUCACAUUUGUAUUAUUCAAAGGUGUAUAUAAUAAUAA